AUGAUGACAAGUCAUACUGUAUUUAUCUGUGACCAUAAGUUUUUAUUAUUGAGAUUGCCCGGUGUUUUCUUCGAUAUAAUCAAAUUUUUCCCUGUCAUAACUAUAAUUAUUAAAUUGUUUUUUAUAAAAUUAUUAAUAUAAUAUUGCUACAAUGAUUGGAGUUCGGCUAAAUACUUUUAAUGACAAUUCUGGAGAGCCUGAGCAAGACGCAAACUCGGCUUUGACUGAACUGGACAAAGGUCUUAGGUCUGGUAAAGUAGGUGAACAGUGUGAGGCAAUUGUCCGAUUUCCUCGCCUCUUUGAGAAGUACCCAUUUCCAAUAUUAAUAAACUCAUCAUUCUUGAAAUUAGCUGAUGUUUUUCGUAUGGGCAAUAAUUUUCUCCGUUUAUGGGUGCUGCGAGUUUGCCAGCAGAGUGAAAAACAUUUGGAUAAGAUUUUAAACGUAGAUGAGUUCUUACGAAGGGUUUUCAGUGUUCUACAUUCGAAUGAUCCAGUUGCUAGAGCAUUAGCAUUGAGAACACUUGGUGCAGUUGCGGGAAUAAUUCCGGAGAGGCAGAAUGUUCAUCAUGCUAUUAGACGAGGUCUAGAUAGCCAUGACAAUGUUGAAGUGGAUGCUGCAAUUUAUGCUACCACCAGAUUUGCAGCCCACUCCAAUACCUUUGCAGUGGCUAUGUGCAACAAACUCUCAGAUAUGGUUGAAUGUGAGAGCACUGGGGCGGAGAGGCGAGCUAAACUGGUUCGUGCACUGAGGACUGUUCAUGGUGGAGCUGUAAGAGCCCAAGGUGUGUUAAAACUACUACGUUCACUACUGGAGCGGUUCCCAUCGUCCAGCUCCGUGCGGGCAGCCAUAACUGCGUUGACUGCUAUUGCCGCUGACACUGUAGUACACGUCCCAGAUCAAGUGGAACUACUUCUAAAUAUUGCAAUGAACGAUGCUCGCUCGAUAGUCCGUCGCGCCGCUCUCGUCGGCCUGAAGAAGUUAGCGGAGCAUGCGGCGCUGUGGCCGGCGGAGUGCAUACAGAACUUGGUCCAAGCUGCCACCGACAGCGAGGAUGCGGAGCACACCAUGCUGUGCUUACAAGUUAUGCAGAUGCUGGUGCAGUGCCCGGCGGUGUGCGCGGCGGCGGCGCCGGCGCUGCGCCAGUACUGCGCCGGCGCCGCGCUCAGCGCCGACCUGCGCCGCGCCGCCGUCGCCGCGCACGUGCUCACCACCAUCCUCGUGCACUGUUACGAGGAGUCUGUGCCGGUGGAUGGCGCGGAUCUGAUGAUAGCGCUCGAGUCAUUAGUCAUCGCAACCGGCAUGGACGAUGGCCCCGCCAAUAUAAAGUCUCUACGGAUUGCGCUACGUUGUCUGGUGAAGCUGUGCAACGCGGAGCCGGCGGAGUACGCGUGCCGCACGGCGCGUGCGCUGGCGGCGCAGCUGCGGGGCGCGGGGCCCGCGCGCGGCCGCGCGCUGCUGGAGGGGCUGGCCGCGCUGGGCGCCGGGCUGCAGGCCGCCGCCGCGCUCGCGCCAGCACUGCCCGCGCUCGGCCGCCGCCUGCGGGAGCAACCGGACGACCCUUCGGACGACGGCACUACGCUGGUGCUGCUGUGCACGGUGCUGUUCCAGGAGCGUGCUGGUGCCGCGCUGGUAUCCACCAUCUCUAAAUCCUGGCAGCGGAGUAUCAUGGACGCCAUCCGUCCCUUCGACGGCUGGACCCGGUACAGGGUCGCAAGGGCUGCGCUGCGGUACGGCCACCACAGCCUGGCGGCCGAUAUACUCAAGUGUCUGGCGGAGCAGGCUCCCAGCGAGUCCGCACAACGUUGGCUGUCCGCUUUACACCGGGCCGCAGCCGCGGACGCCAUGCUUUUGGAGGAAGGUAUCGCGGGGCUAGAGGCGGCAAGCGCGGCGUGGGAGGCGAGCAGCGGCUGGGGCGGCGCGGGCUGCGGCUGGGGCGCGGGCUGCGCGGCCGGCUGCAGCGGCUGCAGCGGCUGCGCACCGCUGCCCGCCGCCAGCAUGGCGGCGCGUGCGCAGGCAUUGUCCGCGCUGGCCCGCGCCGCCGGCGCCGCGCGCGCUCUCUGCACGCAACCGCCGCCCGCCGUUGCGCACGCGCACGCCCAGGCAGCGCGGGACCGCGCGGCGGCCGCGGGGGCGGCGGCGGGCGCGACCCGACGCGCGGCGCGCGCGCUGUCGGCGGCGGCGCGCCGGUACGCCGCGCUGGCGCGCUCCGCCUUCCACGCCGACAACUCCACGCUGCGCCACUUACAUAUUGCCCAGCACACUUACAACCAAAUGGCCCAGUUUCUGGAGCGCAUCACGUCCAAUCAGCAGGAGCGGCCUGCUGAGCUCAUCACCAAAGAGUUGAAAGCCACCACCCUUGAGGAGAUGAUCGCACUCGCGCCGAGCAUCGCCAUAGCCAAAAUAUCGACUAAACUUUUCGACGACCCCACCACUGGACCUGGUUUUACUCACAGGCACGCGGAGGCGAUGUUGGCGGCGGUGCGCGCGGCGUGCGGAGGCAGCGUGUGGGCGCGCGGCGCGGCGGCGGGCGGCGCGGGCGGCGCGUGCUGCCGCCUGGCGCUCACGCCCGCGCCGCGCGCGCCGCCCGCCGACCACGCCGCCGCGCUGCCGCUCGCGCACCGCCUCGCGCUUAAGCUCGAGGGCGUCGUGCUGCCCGUGCCGCCGCUCAGCAAGCGUCAACCGAAGCGGCAAGUGAAAGGUGUUCAAAUCACCGUCACCGCCACUCCGCAUCCACGAACCAAUGAAAAGACCGUGGAGCUAACGAACAUCCCUCCAGUGUUGACCGCCGUACAGACCGUGACGCCGGUCCGCGAUUUCUUCUCAGCACAGCAACUAGUGUCCGUGAACGCGCCCGGUCUCUACACGGUGGCAGUGGAGGCGGCAUUCGUCGACGAAAACGGCGAAUUAUGGAACACUGGACCUAGGACAUCUAUUGUUAUCAAGGCACACGAAGACCCAACGACAAAAGGCAUACCACAAGCUAAUCGAGGACGAUACUGAAACAAUACUAUAAUCAUUUUAAAAGUUCAUGCGAAAUGAUUGCAAAGUCCCAAGAUAAUUUUUUAAAAUAAUUUAUCUAAAAUAAUGAAUAUUUUUCAAUUAGUUUUGAAAAUUGUUGCUAACAUUUUGUCAUGAAUGCAUUUAAAAUAGGUACAUAUAUCUACUAAAAACUAAAAUUAUGUCUAUUAAAUAUGUCUUCUAUAAAAUACUAUAACGAAUGUUGAAUUGUAUUAGAAUUAUAAGGUCCUUAUAAUAAAUAUUACCUAUAUAACAAUACAUUUGUACUUCAAACUCGAAUACAGUUCAGUUCUUAGGUCAAUUUUGGUAAGAAAUAAAGUGUA